GUGUGAUUGACAGCUGCCGUGUCGUCUUCACUAGUCGCCGCUGGCUUCAUUCUUUCUCGGGUCGCAGGAUCAAUGGGCAACUAACGCUCGCAGAAAACGACCGAUUCUAGCGAUUUAAAGGGUUUAAAGUGAGCCGAUUGUGACACCUGUCAGAGAUGCCGGGCCUCAGCUGUAGGUUUUAUCAGCACCGCUUCCCCGAGGUGGAGGACGUGGUGAUGGUGAACGUGCGCUCCAUCGCUGAGAUGGGUGCGUAUGUCAGUCUGCUGGAGUACAACAACAUUGAGGGCAUGAUCCUGCUGAGCGAACUGUCCCGCAGACGCAUCCGCUCCAUCAACAAACUCAUCCGCAUCGGACGCAACGAGUGCGUGGUGGUCAUCAGAGUGGACAAAGAGAAGGGAUACAUUGAUUUGUCCAAGAGAAGAGUGUCUCCAGAAGAAGCCAUCAAGUGUGAGGAUAAAUUCACCAAAUCUAAAACGGUGUACAGUAUUUUACGGCAUGUGGCUGAAGUGUUGGAGUACACUAAAGACGAACAGCUGGAGAGUCUGUUCCAGCGAACCGCUUGGGUGUUUGACGAGAAAUACAAGAAACCCGGAUACGGCGCCUACGACGUCUUCAAGCAGGCCGUGUCCGAUCCGUCCAUCCUGGACGGUUUGGAUCUGACGGACGAGGAGAGGGACGUGCUCAUCGACAACAUCAACAGACGCCUCACCCCACAGGCCGUCAAAAUCAGAGCGGACAUUGAGGUGGCGUGUUAUGGAUAUGAAGGCAUUGAUGCUGUGAAAGACGCGCUGAGGGCGGGGCUUAACUGCUCCACAGAGGCCAUGCCAAUCAAGAUCAACCUGAUAGCACCGCCGCGGUACGUCAUGACCACCACCACACUGGAGCGCACCGAGGGUCUGUCAGUGCUCCACCAGGCCAUGACCGCCAUCAAGGAGCGCAUCGAGGAGAAGCGGGGAGUCUUCAAUGUCCAGAUGGAGCCUAAAGUGGUGACGGACACAGACGAGACAGAGCUGCAGCGGCAGCUGGAGCGUCUGGAGCGAGAGAACGCAGAGGUGGACGGCGAUGACGACGCGGAGGAGAUGGAGGCCAAAACAGACGAGUAGAUCAACAAGUGCUUCAGUGCAGAAACCGCUCAGAUGGACUGAUGCUGCAGCAGUCACUUUUACACAAACAAUAUAACGCUGAUCCAUGUUAACAUUUAUGCUGAUCCAGCGAUGCAGAGGCGUGAUUUUCUGUGAAGUAAAACCUGCUUCUUGCUCUGCUUCAAUCUCAGUAAAAGGCUGUUGGAAGUUUUAUUUAGCAUCUGUAUUUACAUACUGACAUGCUGCAAAGCUACUGUUAAAUAAUAUUUGAAAGUGCA